AGGAUUAAUAUAAAAGUGAGAUCAUUUUCAUCAAACAGUAUCGAAUUGUAUCACACACAUACAACAUGUUCGCUAAGAUUUUGGCUGUUUCUGCUUUGGUAGCUUGUGCUCAAGCUGGAGUUAUUGGUGUUGGACAUCAUGCCACUUCCUACUCCUCCCUCAGCGAUGCACCAGUAACUCACUACGCUUCUGCCCCAGUAGCUGGACACUACGCCGCCCCAAUUGCCGCUUACCACCAUGCUCCAGCCGUAGUUAAGGCCGUCGUCCCAGUAGCUCACUACGCCGCCCCAGUUGCUGCUUACCACGCCGCUCCAGUCGCUGCUUACCACCAUGUUCCAGCUGAUGUCAAGGCUGUUGCCCCAGUAGCUCAUUAUGCCGCCCCAAUCGUCAAAUCUGUCCACCAAGAAGUAUACCCAGAUACCCAUCCAGAAUACUCUUACCAAUACGGAGUCCAAGAUGCCCACACCGGUGAUGUCAAGAACCAACACGAAGAACGUGAUGGAGAUGUUGUCAAGGGAUACUACACCUUGGUCCAACCUGAUGGCGUCACCCGUACCGUCCACUACACCGCUGACGCCCACAACGGAUUCAACGCUGAAGUAGAAUACAAAGGAGAGCCAAUCGUCCAAAAAGCUGUUGUAGCCAAGACAAUCGUUGCUGCUGCCCCAGUAUACAAAGCAUACCAUCAUUAA